CAGCUUUACAGUAUCACCUAUGAACUAGACAGAAGUGGAAGACACCAACAUAGUUUUAAAACAAACAACUGAGAAACUACAGAUAGAGAAAGGGAUAUUAUAACUUUUCAUUUUGGAUACAAGUGAAGACAAGAUGGGCACCAGAUGGAUCAUAUCAGUUGUCCUGAUUCUAAUGGCAGCAACAACGGCACCUGCUACGGCAGAAAUAACUGCACCUGCUUCGACAUCAACCACUGUGUCAACACAGAAACCUGCUACUUCAACAAAGACACCUGCUCCAACAAGUGCAAAAGCAACAACACGUGCUGCAACAACAACUUCUCCAAAAACAACUGUAGUAACAACAGUGUCAAAAACAACGACGCAUGCUCCGACAACAACUCCAAAAACAACAACCCGUGCUCGGACAACAACUCCAAAACCAACAACCCGUGCUCGGACAACUCCAAAACCAACAACCCGUGCUCGGAAAACUCCAAAACCAACAACCCGUGCUCGGAAAACUCCAAAACCAACAACCCGUGCUCGGAAAACUCCAAAACCAACAACCCGUGCUCCGACAACUCCAAAACCAACAACCCGUGCUCCGACAACUCCAAAACCAACAACCCGUGCUCCGACAACUCCAAAACCAACAACCCGUGUUCCCACAACUCCAAAACCAACAACCCGUGCUCCGACAACUCCAAAACCAACAACCCGUGUUCCGACAACUCCAAAACCAACAACCCGUGUUCCGACAACUCCAAAACCAACAACCCGUGCUCCGACAACUCCAAAACCAACAACCCGUGCUCCGACAACUCCAAAACCAACAACCCGUGUUCCCACAACUCCAAAACCAACAACCCGUGCUCCGACAACUCCAAAACCAACAACCCGUGUUCCGACAACUCCAAAACCAACAACCCGUGCUCCGACAACUCCAAAACCAACAACCCGUGCUCCGACAACUCCAAAACCAACAACCCGUGUUCCGACAACUCCAAAACCAACAACCCGUGCUCCGACAACUCCAAAACCAACAACCCGUGCUCCGACAACUCCAAAACCAACAACAACAACACCUGCUCCAAUAAAUGAGUCAACAACAACACCUGGCCCGACAACAACAACCGAGGCAACCACGACACCUGGCCCGACAACAACAACCGAGGCAACCACGA